GUUUUCAAAGACGGACCGGAAACAGCGUGGUGUUAUUGAAGAAUUAUCAAGAUCUGUUGAACUUAAAAAGUAUCUAUCACCAAACAUCAUUGUACCAUCCACAAAGAAGAAAAAAUGUUAAGAAAUGCCUCUGCCCAGAUACUUAAACAGUUUGUCAGACAAAGGAGUACAGAUACAAGUUUGAUCCUGGAGAGAUCUAUUAACAGGGUGCAGUUACUUGGACGGGUGGGACAAGACCCCGUUAUGAGACAGGUGGAGGGCAGAAACCCUGUCACCAUCUUCUCCAUGGCAACAAAUGAGAUGUGGCGGUCCGGGGAGGGAGAACCUACCAAUACAGGAGAUGUCAGCCAGAAAACAACAUGGCACAGAAUUUCAGUAUUCAAACCAGGCCUCAGAGAUGUGGCAUAUAACUAUGUAAAGAAAGGGUCUCGAAUUCUUGUCGAAGGAAAAUUGGACUAUGGGGAGUACGUGGAUAAAAAUAAUAUCAGGCGACAAGCAACCACUAUUAUCGCAGAUAAUAUUGUCUUCUUAAGUGAAAAUCUGCGAGACCAGUAGUGAAGAAGCUUUCCCAGGCAUUAGAAAACCAAAAGAAGAUGGAAGAUGUAUAGUGUUACUCUGUUCACUGACAUUAAUCUCUAGAGUAACUUUGUGCCUGCCCGAACAGUCAUACAUAAACAAAAGAAGCAAUGUUGUUGGUAUGAUUGUGACAUUCUGUCUUGUUCCAGACGGGGUGCCAACAGAA